CUUACAGCACCGCACAUGCGCAGUACCCUGUGUAAACACCACCUGAGAUGCCCUUGCGGCUGCCUUGUGGCUGCGUCUGCUGGGUCAACCUCGAGAGGAGAGGCUCCAGCAUGUCUGCUGCUGCUGCGGCUGCUGUGCCAGCCUGCAGAGAUUAAACAUGUCUGCAGUUCCUGUGGCUCUUCAAGUUUUCUUCCAGCUUCCCUGCUCUCGCCUGGCCUACCCUGGGUUCAGCGAACAGAGGUACUUGGGAGAAUGGACAAGACCUGUGAAAUGAAAUACAAAGUGGUGGACAGCCCUCUGGGGAAGUUGGAGAUCUCUGGUUGUGAGCAGGGUCUGCAUGGGAUAAAGCUGCAUGGCGGGAAGACCCCAGACACUGAGCCUGCGGAGGCCGCCGCUCCCGCUGAGCAGCUCAGAGAUCCUGGGGCAAUGCUGGAGCCCCUGCUGCAGUGCGCGGCCUGGCUGGACACCUAUUUCCGCGAGCCCGCAGUCCUCGAGGGGCUCCCCGUGCCUGCGCUGCACCAUCCCGUCUUCCAGAAAGAGUCAUUCACCAGACAGGUGUUAUGGAAGCUGCUGACGCUUGUGAAAUUCGGAGAAACGGUUUCUUACCAGCAAUUAGCAGCCCUGGCGGGCAACCCCAGAGCAGCGCGGGCCGUGGGAGGAGCCAUAAGGAACAACCCUAUCCCCAUCCUCAUCCCGUGCCAUCGAGUGGUCUGCAGCAGCGGGGCCAUGGGCAACUACUCUGGAGGCGUGGGCGUGAAGAAGUGGCUGCUGGCCCACGAGGGCCAUCCCGCGGGGAAAGCGGCCCGUGGAGGGGGCUCCCGUGCCACCGGAUCCUGGCGCGGGGCCCUGGGUAGCACCGCCAGCUCCCAGCCCGCAGGCCGAGACUGAGAGUGUGUGAGCAGUGUGCUAGGCAUGGGGUGUGUGCUGGGAGGGUGGGGGGUGGGGUGUGCUGAGGG